CUGACAUCUGACGAAACUUUUCCUGUUGAAGUUUUUCUUUCCAUACUUUAUUCCUUACAAUAAUAUAUCCCGUGUAACAUGAUACAAUCAAGUAAGAAACCAAGAUAGUGUAGGCAACUUUAUUAAAAGUUAGUCUCAUCUUUUUAGAGAGACAUUCUGUAAAUCCAAAGUUUCUCGAUACAUUCCUUUUACUCUACUUUUACAGACAGACCCAUUCAAAACAAAGAUCAUUUAAUCAGAUUUCUUAUCAGUUACCAAACAAACGUCUGGCCUACUCCGUCAUGACUAAACUGAAAGUGAAAUACACACUUGCCUACACACUUUCCAUGGUCACGUGACCAUGAAGUAAACACGACAAGAUGGCGGCGCCCAUGGAAGACGUGUCUUGUGCUCAAAAGCCGACAGAAGACGAAAAUAAUUGCACAGUUGAGGCAACAGUUGUCACAGGAUUUGAAGAAGUAGCUGCAGAGGAAGCUGAGGAAAGGUUUAAUACUAAAUGCAAAAUACUGAGAGGUCGAAUUAGCAUAAAAUGCCCUAUUGACAAAGUCGAACAGGUAACUGACCUUGGAUGUGUGGACAACUGUAGGGUAGUGAUGACGCAAGUCGUUGACUUCAAGUUUACACAGGAUCAGAAUGAAAAUCUUCAAAGACUAAGAAAUCUUGUUGGCUCUGUUGACUGGCCAUCAGGUUUGAAAAUUUGGCGGAAAUUCUUCAGUUUUGAGCAUGCUGUAGCAGAUUACCCUGAUGAAAUAACAACUGACUUUGGAGAGGUUGUAAUCCCUCCUCCAAGACAAACCAGUCCUGGGGAAAAACUCUCUAGAAGAGCAAAGAAAAGAAACAAACGAAAUAAGAGAUUUGAAAAUAGACGUGAAGAAAGAGACAAAAAGCAGUCACAUGUUUGUGCUGAUGAAAAUGAAUCAAAAACUGAAUUAGAAAUAGAUAAAGCAUGUUCAGAUAAGAAUGAUAAAAUUGAUGAAGUCAUUGAACCUUCACAUACAGAAGAAAUUGAAAACUUAGAAAUUGUUGCAAAAAAACCAAGGGUUAGAGAAAACCCAUGGAAUCCUAUGAUGCCUUCAUUCAGAGUGACUUGUCACAGGGUGGGCAAUAAUCAUAACUUUGAUUCUAUGACCGCUGCUUCAAACUUUGGUGGUGCUAUUUAUAGAUAUUUUGGUUGGAAUGUUAAGCUGACAGAGUUUGAUAUUGAGGUAAUUCUUGGAAUAGAUGAUAACGAUGUUACUGUGUCACUAGGAUUGACAAAGGAAAGUCUACAUCGAAGAAAUAUAUCACAUUUCGGACCAACCACACUCAGACCUACCAUUGCUUACGGCAUGCUCAGGUUGUGUGAUAUAAAGAAAGGAGAUGUUGUGUGUGACCCUAUGUGUGGUACUGGAAGCAUACCAUUACAGGGUGCUUCCCGUUGGCCAUACAGUUUCAACUUAGCUGGUGAGAUAGGCAAACGUGCUUUACAAAGAUGUUAUGGAAACAUUCAGGAUUUAGAUGAAAAAAGGAAACAAGAAAACAUGUCAUCAAUGUUACUGGAUGCUGUAAGAUGGGAUGUUUGUAAUCUACCAAUGAGGGAUCAGUCUGUAGAUGCAUUUGUAACUGAUCUUCCCUUUGGUGUAAGAAUGGGUAGCAAGGUCAAUAACUGGACUCUAUAUCCUGGAGCUUUGUUUGAGAUGGCAAGAGUUGUCAAACCUGGGGGUCGAUGUUGCCUCCUGACAGAGGAUAAAAAAUGCAUGGUGAAGACAUUAUUGUAUAUUGGAAAGUAUUGGAAGAGGACGAAGACUCUAGGAGUAAAUAUUGGAGGCCUAGCUGGAGGUAUUUACGUCCUGAUGCGAACAGUUGAACCCUUCGACAAAAAUGUCAACAGAGAUAUAUUUGCUGCGAAAGGGAAAAAGGGAGAUAAGUUUCAGAUUCCACCAAGUCCAGACAGCAAUAGAGAAGAUAACUGAUGCCAAUUGUGAACUUUGACUAUAAAGUGAUUGGCAAAAAUGUAAUAAAAAAAGCCAAUGAAAAUGUGUAUCAUCAUGAACAAAGUAAAACAUACUAUAAAUUCCUAUGUUGCUCGACAA